CUUUGCGUUUCCGGGCUGCGAGGCAGCUGUCGAGGCUUCAGGAUGCUGGACACAGAGAGACUCGUGCUGCCUCCCCCCGAUCCCUUGAACCUGCCCCUUGGAGCUCUGGAAGUGGGCUGCACUGGGCACUGGGAGCUGCUGAACGUGCCUGGGGCUCCACAAAGCACUCUACCCCACGGCCUCCCUCCCUGUGCCCCUGACCUACAGCAGGAAGCAGAGCAGCUGUUCCUCUCGUCUCCCGCCUGGCUUCCUCUGCAUGGUGUGGAACACUCAGCUCGAAAAUGGCAGAGGAAGAGGGAUCCCUGGUCUCUUCUGGCUGUUUUGGGGGCUCCUGUCCCAUCCGACCUUCAGGCCCAGAGACACCCAACCACAGGCCAGAUACUGGGCUACAAGGAGGUCUUGCUGGAGAACACAAACCUGUCGGCCACAACCUCCUUGUCCCUUCGCCGGCCUCCAGGGCCAGCCCCCCAGUCACUAUGGGGCAACCCAACACAGUACCCUUUCUGGCCUGGUGGGAUGGACGAGCCCACCAUGACAGAUCUGAGCACUCGGGAGGAAGCUGAGGAGGAGAUAGACUUUGAGAAAGAUCUUCUCACUGUCCCACCUGGCUUCAAGAAAGGCGUGGAUUUUGCUCCCAAGGAUCACCAAGCUCCUGUGCCAGGUUUGCUCAGCCUCAGCCGCCUGCUGGAGCCCCUAGAUCUGAGUGGAGGCGAUGAGGACGAGGGUGAGCCAGCAGGAGGCCCUGGAGGGGGCACUGCUGCCGCCUCUCCAUGCAGUGCUCCCCUGGGCCGAGCAAGCAGCUUGGAGGACCUCGUGUUGAAGGAAGCAUCCACAAUCGCAUCCCCCCUGGAGCCUCCGAAACCUGCACCCCAGGAACAGUGGGCCGUACCUGUGAAUGUCACCUCCCCUGUAGGUGAUUUUUACCGUCUCAUUCCUGAGCCUGCCUUCCAGUGGGCGUUUGAGCCAGAUGUGUUUCAGAAGCAGGCCAUCCUGCACUUGGAGCAGCAUGACUCUGUCUUUGUUGCGGCUCACACAUCCGCCGGGAAGACAGUGGUGGCUGAAUACGCCAUUGCCCUGGCCCAGAAACACAUGACCCGUACCAUUUACACGUCUCCAAUCAAAGCCCUGAGCAACCAGAAGUUUCGGGAUUUCCGGAACACAUUUGGGGAUGUGGGGCUGCUCACAGGGGACGUGCAGCUGCACCCAGAGGCCUCCUGCCUUAUCAUGACCACAGAGAUCCUUCGCUCCAUGCUGUACAGCGGCUCAGACGUCAUCCGGGACUUGGAGUGGGUCAUCUUUGAUGAAGUCCACUAUAUCAAUGAUGCUGAGCGUGGGGUCGUGUGGGAGGAGGUGCUCAUCAUGCUCCCUGACCACGUCUCCAUCAUCCUUCUCAGUGCCACGGUCCCCAACGCCCUGGAGUUUGCUGACUGGAUUGGGAGGCUGAAGCGGCGGCAGAUCUUUGUGAUCAGCACAGUUGCCCGUCCUGUCCCCCUGGAACACUAUCUCUUCACAGGAAACAGCCCCAAGACGCAGGGGGAGCUCUUCCUGCUGCUGGACUCCCGAGGGGCCUUCCACACCAAGGGGUACUAUGCUGCAGUGGAGGCCAGGAAGGAGAGGAUGAGCAAGCAUGCCCAGACCUUUGGGGCCAAACAGCCCACGCACCAGGGGGGGCCUGCACAGGACCGAGGGGUGUACCUGUCCUUGCUGGCUUCCCUCCGGGCCCGGGCUCAGCUGCCUGUGGUCGUGUUCACCUUUUCCCGAGGCCGCUGUGAUGAGCAGGCUUCAGGCCUCACCUCUCUGGAUCUCACUACAAGCUCGGAGAAGAGCGAGAUCCACCUCUUCCUGCAGCGCUGCCUUGCACGGCUCCGAGGCUCUGACCGACAGCUACCCCAGGUCCUGCACAUGUCAGAGCUCCUUCGCCGGGGCCUGGGUGUGCACCACAGUGGCAUCUUGCCCAUCCUUAAGGAGAUCGUGGAGAUGCUGUUCAGCCGAGGGCUGGUCAAGGUCCUGUUUGCCACCGAGACCUUUGCCAUGGGAGUAAACAUGCCAGCGAGGACUGUGGUGUUUGACUCCAUGCGCAAACACGAUGGCUCCACCUUCCGGGACCUGCUGCCUGGGGAGUACGUACAGAUGGCAGGCCGGGCGGGCCGGAGGGGCCUGGACCCCACGGGUACAGUCAUCCUGCUCUGUAAGGGCCGAGUGCCUGAGAUGGCAGAUCUACACCGCAUGAUGAUGGUGGGUAGAGCGGAGGAGGCCGGGCUGGGUGUAGCUGCGGGCACCAAAAUGAUCCUCAACCUGCUGCGGGUGGACGCCCUCAGGGUGGAGGACAUGAUGAAGAGGAGCUUCUCAGAGUUUCCAUCCCGCAAGGAUAGCAAGGCCCAUGAGGAGGCUCUGGCUGAACUCACCAAGAGGCUGGGGGCCUUGGAGGAACCUGACGUGACUGGCCAACUGGCUGACCUGCCUGAGUAUUACAGCUGGGGAGAGGAGCUGACAGAGACCCGCAACAUGAUCCAGCGACGCAUCAUGGAGUCUGUGAACGGGCUGAAAUCUCUCUCCACGGGAAGGGUGGUAGUUGUGAAGAACGAGGAGCAUCACAAUGCCUUAGGCGUGAUCCUGCAGGUCUCCUCAACCACCAGCAGAGUGUUUACAACGUUGGUCUUGUGUGAUAAGCCUGUUGUGUCUGAGAGCCCACGGGACAAGGGGCCAACCACUCCGGACGUGCCCUACCCAGACGACCUUGUGGGCUUCAAGCUGUUCCUGCCUGAAGGGCCCUGUGAGCACACCGUGGCCAAGCUCCAGCCAGGAGAUGUGGCUGCCAUCUCCACCAAAGUGCUCCGGGUGAACGGGGAGAAGAUCUCUGAGGACUUCAGCAAGAGGCAGCAACCAAAAUUCAGGAAGGACCCUCCCCUUGCAGCUGUGACCACUGCAGUUCAGGAGCUGCUGCGUCUUGCUCAGGCCCAUCCAUCAGGGCCCCCGACCCUUGACCCUGUCAACGACCUGCAGCUCAAGGAUGUGUCAGUGGUGGAAGGUGGGCUCCGGGCCCGGAAGCUGGAGGAGCUGAUCCGGGGGGCUCAGUGUGUGCACAGCCCCCGGUUCCCUGCCCAGUACCUGAAGCUGCGGGAGCGAAGGCAGAUUCAGAAGGAAAUGGAGAGACUGAGCUUCCUACUGUCUGACCAGUCGCUGCUGCUGCUCCCCGAGUACCACCAGCGCGUAGAGGUGCUCCGGACCCUGGGCUAUGUGGAUGAGGCUGGCACGGUGAAGCUGGCAGGCCGAGUGGCCUGCGCCAUGAGCAGCCACGAGCUGCUCCUCACAGAGCUCAUGUUUGACAAUGCGCUGAGCGCCCUGCGACCAGAGGAGAUUGCAGCUCUGCUCUCCGGCCUGGUCUGCCAGAGCCCCGGUGACCCUGGGGAUCAGCUCCCAAGCACCCUCAAACAGGGGGUGGAGCGUGUCAAAGCUGUGGCUAAGCGGAUUGGUGAGGUUCAGGUGGCCUGUGGCCUGAACCAGACAGUGGAAGAAUUUGUGGGAGAGCUGAAUUUUGGGCUGGUUGAAGUUGUGUAUGAGUGGGCUCGGGGUAUGCCCUUCUCCGAGUUGGCCGGGCUCUCAGGGACCCCAGAAGGCUUAGUGGUCCGCUGCAUCCAGCGCCUGGCUGAGAUGUGUCGCUCGCUUCGAGGAGCAGCCCGUUUGGUAGGGGAGCCCGUGCUGGGCGCCAAGAUGGAGACGGCAGCCACCUUGCUGCGGCGGGACAUUGUCUUCGCAGCCAGCCUCUACACCCAGUAAAGGGCAUGUUGGGCAA